GAGGGGGGCGCUGGUGGUCCACCGUGAUGUCAUCUUGGCCCACCAGCAGCACAAGAAGCUCAACACGCCGCAAGCCAGGAGAAAGCGAUGGGAAAUGGCGCGCUUCGGAGACGAGCAUCCCAACAGGUACGGAGGAGGACAAGGAGGAGGCGGCGGACAAGGAGGAGGGGGCGGCGGCCGUGGGGGCAGCCGCCAAGGGGGGCCCCCCGGGGCGCAGCGGAUGUACAAGCAGUCCAUGGCUCAGAGGGCUCGCACCAUGGCCCUGUACAACCCCAUCCCCGUCAGGCAGAGCUGCCUGACCGUCAACCGCUCGCUUUUCCUCUUCAGCGAGGACAACCUGGUGAGGAAGUAUGCCAAAAAGAUCACAGAGUGCUCCACUCCUUUUGAAUGGAUGAUCCUCACCACAAUCAUCGCAAACUGCAUCGUGCUGGCACUGGAGCAGCACCUGCCCGACGGCGACAAGACGCCCCUGUCCGAGCGCCUGGAGGACACGGAGCCCUACUUCAUUGCCAUCUUCUGCUUUGAGUCGGGAAUCAAGAUCCUGGCGCUGGGCUUCGCGCUGCACAAGGGCUCGUACCUGCGCAACGGCUGGAACGUCAUGGACUUUGUGGUCGUGCUCACUGGUAUAUUAUCAUCUGCGCGCUCUCACAUUGACCUGAGGACCCUCCGAGCCGUCCGGGUGCUGCGACCUCUCAAACUGGUGUCGGGGAUUCCGAGCCUGCAGGUGGUGCUCAAGUCCAUCAUGAAGGCCAUGAUCCCGCUGCUCCAGAUCGGACUCCUGCUUUUUGUGGCCAUUCUCAUGUUCGCCAUCAUCGGCCUGGAGUUCUACAUGGGAAAGUUCCACACCACCUGCUACGAUGACAUUACGGGUGAGAUUGUGGACAAGGUUCCGUGCGGCGCCAAGUUGCCGUCCAGGAUGUGCCCCAACGGCACCACGUGUCGGGACGGCUGGAUCGGGCCCAACUUCGGCAUCACACAGUUUGACAACAUCAUGUUCGCCGUACUCACCGUCUUCCAGUGCAUCACCAUGGAGGGCUGGACUGAGAUGCUCUACUACAGUAACGAUGUGGAGGGCAGCGCAUGGAACUGGAUGUACUACAUCCCGCUCAUCAUCAUCGGCUCCUUCUUUAUGCUCAACCUUGUGCUGGGUGUCCUCUCAGGUGAGUUUGCCAAAGAGCGAGAACGCGUGGAGAACCGGAGCGAGUUCCUCAAGCUCCGGCGGCAGCAGCAGAUUGAACGGGAGCUCAACGGCUAUUUGGAGUGGAUCUGUAAAGCAGAGGAGGUGAUCCUGGCCGAGGAGGACGGCACAGGGAACUUUGAUGGUUCCCGGCGACGGCCGACCAUUAAGACCAAGAACAACAAGACCGAGCUGCUGAACACGGAGGAAGGGGAAGACAGCAUGGGAGAUGCUGUCGGGUUCGCCCGCUCCAGCAUCAAGAGCGGCAAGGACGGCUCCAGCUACAGCAAGAAGGAAAAACGGCUGCGCUUCUUCAUCCGCAAGAUGGUGAAGACGCAAGCCUUUUACUGGACCGUUCUGUGCCUUGUGGGCCUCAACACCAUGUGCGUGGCGGCCGUGCACUACGACCAACCCAAGCUGCUCUCGGACUUCCUGUUCUAUGCAGAGUUUAUUUUCCUGGGUUUGUUCAUGUCUGAGAUGCUGAUCAAGAUGUACGGUCUUGGCAUUCAGCCCUACUUCCACUCCUCCUUCAACUGCUUUGAUUGUGUGGUGAUCGUGGGCAGCAUCUUCGAGGUAGUUUGGGCCACAAUCAAACCGGGCACAUCUUUUGGGAUCAGCGUCUUGCGAGCACUACGACUUCUGAGAAUCUUCAAAGUCACCAAGUACUGGGCUCCUCUGCGCAACCUGGUGGUGUCUCUGCUAAACUCCAUGAAGUCCAUCGUCAGCUUGCUCUUCCUCCUCUUCCUCUUCAUCGUGGUCUUCGCUCUGUUGGGCAUGCAGCUCUUUGGCGGACAGUUCAACUUUGAGGACGGAACGCCGCCCACCAACUUUGACACUUUUGCGGCAGCCAUCAUGACAGUGUUUCAGAUCCUGACGGGAGAGGACUGGAACAUGGUCAUGUACAAUGGCAUCAAGUCUCAAGGGGGCGUCAAUGACAAGGGGAUGGUCUUCUCCAUUUUCUUCAUCGUCCUCACCCUGUUCGGCAACUACACGCUGCUCAACGUCUUCUUGGCCAUUGCUGUGGACAACCUCGCCAACGCCCAGGAACUCACCAAGGAUGAGGAGGAGCAAGAGGAGGCGGCCAAUCAGAAGACUGCGAUGCAGAAGGCCAAGGAGGUGGCUGAGGUCAGCCCACGUUCGGCCGCCAACCUCUCCAUCGCUGCUAAGGAGCAGCAGAGGAAUCACACCAAAGUGGGCAACAAGUCUGUGUGGGAGCAGCGGACCAGCGAGAUCCGCCGGCAGAACUUAAUGACCAGUCGAGAGGCGCUCUACAACGAGCUGGAGCAGGAUGACUGGAAGUUGGGAGGCGAGGGGGAGGAGGUGUCGUACCCGCGGAAAGGACGUGGUGACAUGAAGACCCACUUGGACCGUCCCCUGGUGGUCAACCCACAGGACAACCGCAACAACAAUACCAACAAAACCCCUCCUGGCCAACUGUCCCUUGACCAGGAGUAUCAGCAGCAGGACUUGGACCACUGUCACCGCACCUCCCAUCACCACCAUCACCAUUACCACCACCACCACCACCAUCACCAUCAGAGGGCUGACACAGAGGAACUGGCUUGCCGAGACCAACAGGGGGCAGGGGGCGAUGCGGACCAAGAGGCCAGCAACCAAGAGGGGCGUUUGGCGGAGGAGAGGCACAGCCACAGGAGUCACCGGGGGCACCGGCACAGGAACAGGGAGUGUCGAGAAGCCCGGGAUGCUUGCAGCUCGUCCCCUCACCACGCCAAUGCAGCCGAUGCCAACAACGAGCACCGUAGAGUCAGACAUCACUGCAAGGCUGCCAGGGAGGGCGAGCCCAGGAGGAGGCACAGGUCCAAGGGAGGCGAAGAUGACGGGGACAAGGGCGAAGAUGGGGAGGGUCGGAAGACCAGGCGGCAUUGUCAUGGGAAUCAGGAUAGGAGCAGAGGACAUCGCUCUAGAAAGGAGCCCCACAGCACUUGUCCCAGCCUGUCCACAACGCGGCCCAUACAGCAACACAACGAGGACCUGGACAACUUGCGCAACAACAGCAAGUUGGCCAGUCAGCCUUACGACCUGCCGCCGCCUGACGACCCGGAUCACGUCAACAACUUGCUCAACUACUGCAAUGUGGACACUCACACGUUCCUGCACAGCAUGGACAGCCUGAUCCUGAGCAGCAUGGCCAAACCGGACUAUACCAGCAUUGACAUGCCGCCCGUCUACCCAUAUCCCUCAACCAAUGCCAUCCUCCAAGUGAACAAGAACGCAAACACGGACCAGAAGAAGAACGAGGAGAAGAAAGAGAACGAUGACGAUGAGGGUGACGAGGAUGGACCCAAGCCCAUGCCCCCCUAUAGCUCUUGCUUCAUCAUGUCUACCACAAACCCUUUCCGGAAGUGCUGCCACUACAUUCUCACCCUCAAAUACUUUGAGUUUAGCAUCCUGUCUGUCAUCGCCAUGAGUAGCAUCGCGCUCGCAGCGGAAGACCCGGUGUGGCCAGACUCGCCGCAAAAUAACGUGCUUCGCUACUUUGACUACGUCUUCACUGGUGUUUUCACCUUUGAAAUGCUCAUCAAGAUGGUGGUGCUGGGCCUGUUCCUCCACCAAGGCUCCUACUUCAGGGACCUUUGGAACAUUCUGGACUUUAUAGUGGUUAGUGGUGCUCUGGUGGCCUUCGCUUUCACGGGGAGCAGCAAGGGCAAAGACAUCAGCACCAUUAAGUCACUGCGAGUGUUGCGGGUUCUGCGUCCUCUCAAGACCAUCAAAAGACUCCCGAAGCUCAAGGCCGUGUUCGACUGCGUGGUGAACUCUCUGAAGAACGUCCUGAACAUCCUUAUUGUCUACAUGCUGUUCAUGUUCAUCUUCGCUGUGGUGGCCGUGCAACUCUUUAAGGGUCGCUUCUUCUACUGCACGGAUGUGUCCAAAGAAUUUGAGCGUGACUGCCGGGGCGAGUUUCUGAUGUACGAUAAGGAUGAGGUUAAAGCUCAGAAGCGGGAGUGGAAGAAGUACAAUUUUCACUACGACAACGUGGCUUGGGCCCUGCUCACCCUCUUCACUGUCUCCACUGGAGAAGGGUGGCCGCAGGUCUUAAAGGCCUCUGUGGACUCCACUUAUGAGAACCAGGGCCCCAGCCCGGGUUACCGGAUGGAGAUGUCCAUCUUUUACGUGGUGUACUUUGUUGUCUUCCCCUUCUUCUUCGUCAACAUCUUUGUGGCUCUCAUAAUCAUCACCUUCCAGGAACAGGGGGAUAAGAUGAUGGAGGACUAUAGCUUGGAGAAGAAUGAGAGAGCCUGCAUCGAUUUCGCCAUCAACGCCAAGCCCCUGACGCGCCACAUGCCCAAGAACAAGCUGAGCUUCCAGUAUCGCAUGUGGCAGUUUGUGGUGUCGCCCCCGUUCGAGUACAGCAUCAUGGCUCUCAUUGCGCUCAACACCAUCGUCCUCAUGAUGAAGUUUGAUGGCGCCUCGGAGACGUACGACGACGUCCUGAAGAACCUCAAUAUCGUCUUCACCACAUUCUUCUUCAUGGAGUCCAUCCUGAAGAUCAUCGCUUUCGGCCCUCUGAAUUAUUUCAGAGACGCCUGGAACAUUUUUGACUUUGUCUCUGUGCUGGGCAGCAUCACCGACAUUUUGGUGACGGAAUUAGGGAACAAUUUCAUCAAUUUGAGCUUUCUGCGCCUGUUCCGCGCCGCUCGCCUCAUCAAGCUCCUGCGCCAAGGCGAAACCAUUCGCAUCCUUCUGUGGACCUUCGUGCAGUCCUUCAAGGCUUUGCCCUACGUGUGCCUGCUCAUCGCCAUGCUCUUCUUCAUUUACGCCAUCAUUGGCAUGCAGUUGUUUGGCAACCUGUCACUGGAGCAGGAGGGCGAGAGCGCCAUCGACCAUCACAACAACUUCAGAACCUUCGUCAUGGCCCUCAUGUUGCUCUUCAGGAGCGCCACGGGCGAGGCCUGGCACGAGAUCAUGCUGUCAUGUCUGGGAGGCAAAGAGUGCGAUCCGGCCUCUGGCAACACCGAGCCCGAGUGCGGCAGCACCUUCGCUUACACCUACUUUGUCUCCUUCAUCUUCCUGUGUUCCUUCCUGAUGCUCAAUUUGUUUGUGGCCGUCAUCAUGGACAACUUUGAGUACCUGACAAGAGAUUCAUCCAUCCUGGGGCCGCACCACCUGGACGAGUACGUAAGGAUUUGGGCCGAGUACGACCCCGCCGCCUGCGGGCGCAUACAUUAUAAGGAUAUGUACAGUUUAUUGCGAGUUAUCUCCCCUCCCCUGGGCCUUGGCAAGAAAUGCCCGCAUAGGGUGGCCUGCAAGAGGCUGCUCCGUAUGGACCUGCCCGUGGCCGACGACAACACGGUCCACUUCAACUCCACGCUCAUGGCCCUCAUUCGGACGGCGCUGGAUAUCAAGAUUGCCAAAGGCGGUGCGGACAAGCAGCAAAUGGACGCCGAGCUACGUAAGGAGAUGAUGGCCAUUUGGCCCAACCUGUCGCAGAAGACACUGGACCUGUUGGUCACGCCUCACAAGGCAGCCACAGACUUGACGGUGGGAAAAAUCUAUGCUGCCAUGAUGAUCAUGGAAUACUACCGGCAGAGCAAGAGCAAAAAACUGCAGGCCAUGCAGGAGGAGCAGAACCGACCGCCGUUAAUGUUUCAGCGCAUGGAGGCGCCACCAGAGGGCGACGGUACAGACGGACUAGCGGGGCCUGAACUCAGCAGCCUUCCUGGUACCCAGCCCGACAACGUCAACAGCAUACCUUCCGAAAGCGGCGGCAUGACCGAGAGCCAGUCGUGGAUGACCGCCAAAGCCCAGGAGAUGUUCCAAAAGACGGGUAACUGGAGCACCGACAGGCCGUACCCCGACGACCUCCAUGAAAACCGUCACAACCCGCAGACGGUAGAGAUGCGGGAGAUGGGGCGGGACGGGUACUCUGACACCGAGCCCUGUCACCCAGUGGAUGGGCACGGGCGCACCCUCUCCAUGCCCCGCCUCUCAGCAGACAACCAACGGAGAAGACACAGGCCUCGCAGCAAUAACCUGAGUACCAUCACGGACACCAGUCCCAUGCGGCGGUCCACCUCCAGCCUGGUCCACGGGCGUUUGGGCCAAGGCGUCAGGCUGGAUGACUACUCCUUAGAGAGGGUGGUGUCCGAGGAGGGGCGGCAUGGCGGUGGCGGGGGCCGCCGGCACAGGGACCGAAGCCACCGGAAUUCACAGCGAUCCCUCACCAGAUACACUGACGCAGACACGGGCCUGGGCACAGACCUGAGCACCACCACACAGUCAGGCGACCUGCCCCCCAAGGAGCGCGAGCGCGACCGCGGCAGGACCAAGGACCGACGCCACCACCACCACCACCACCACCAUCACCAUGGCUCGACAGACAAAGAACGCUAUGAUCGACAUGACCUACCCCACCGACACUCACACGACAGGCACUGGUCACGUUCACCCAGUGAGGGUCCAGACGGACGGAGCCACAGACAGGGCAGUAGUUCGGUGAGCGGCAGCCCCGUUCCUUCGACCUCGGGGACCAGCACACCGCGGAGAGGCCGUCGCCAGCUGCCCCAGACCCCUGCCGUACCUCGUCCUCACGUCACCUACUCCCCUGCUGUCCGCAAGCCCAGCUACGGGCCCCAAGGGCCAGGCCGCCUCCGCUCGCCUUCCCCGAGACACUUCUCCCCGCCAGACCUCGACAGAGGCUACCACCACCGACCACCGUCCCGUCAAGCCUCUCCCCACCACGGGGGCUCUUCGUCCAGACACGGGUCGCCCCGCUCUCCAAGGCACCAGUCCCCGCGGUCCCCCAUUCAUGGUUCACCGCGGUCCCCACACAGAGGCCGCUGGAGCGGACCUCCACUGGCGGACAGUCUGGAAGGGGACGCGCCCUUCUAUGAGCGUGAUUUUGAGUAUGAGCGGCAUCACGAGCCCCCUGCUUAUGAGCAAAGCCUUUCCCACAAUAAUCCCCACACUCAUGCGGGAAACCCCCACCCGCACCCCUGCUCGCCCAGGACUGCCCGCCACGGGCCACUUCCACCACCCUCUCAUCCACAUCCCCGUCGGGUACCCAACGGCUACCGCUCGUCCUCACCUUCUCCGCAUCGAAGGGGGCCCCCUGGGGCACCUCACCCCCACCACCGGCACCCCCACGCCCGCGGAUCCCAAAAAGGCCUGCAUGAACCUUACAGUGAGACAGAUGAGGAUGACUGGUGCUAGCGACUGGAUUAGAGCAGAAAUGAUGGAAGGAGAACAGCAACGUCCAGGGUUCUGGCCUUGCAUCUGCAGACUUGACGGGGAGCUGGGUGGGGGGUCCGGACAUCCUCCCGAGGACCCUGCCUUCAGCUCCUGAACUGUGUGUGACUGCAGGUAGAGACCAGGAGGGCGACAGUGCCCCAAAUAGCCUGACAGACAGAAGAUGGCCAAGGCCACCUGGACUAUGCUUCCCAGAAUCCACUGCAGGGAAGCUGAACUGCCCGUGGUAACGUGGAACAUUUGGUUUCAAUAAAGUAUCCUGACAAAUGGUUGGGGUUUCUGAGGCCAGAACUGCUCCUUGUGAUUGGCUGAAUCCUUCUUCUUCUUCUUCAGGUUACUCGCUGGCCAGUCUGCUUCUUGGAACUCUCCAAGCGGGUUCUGCUGCUUCCACUCACAUUUUUAAGGGAGACAAGUUCGUAAAAAGUCAGACCCUCUUCCUUCUCCCCGACUAGGUCCUUACACGCCAAGCUUUGCCUGCAGGAAAAAUCACACUCAAGAAAAAAACUUUACCAUGAGGAGAGAAAAAAAGGGAGAAAAACUACUUGAUCUUGAACUUUUUUUUUCCAAGGAUAGAACAAGGAAGCUCCACCUGUUCUGCAAAAAAAAAAAAGAAAAAAACCUGCCAACCCCAGCGAUGGCUGAUAUUUGAUGAGUUUUAUCAUCUCUGUUUACUGUUACAGACUCUCUGUGGUGGUAUGACAUCAAUUCCUGUACGGUGGAGGGCAUGCCCAGCUCCGUGUAAGCCCCACCCAAGCGUAGCCUGACAGGAAGUUACAUCACACAGUGGAAAGGGUGGAGAAGAAGAGAGGAAAGAAAUGACAAGACUAUUUUCUUCAGUAUUUCUUCUCAUUUACUUCUUGCUGUUCUUCUUGAACAUUGGAAGCUCUCCUCUUUUCGUUCACUCCUUUGACCUUUUUUGGAUGGAAACGUGCAUGUUUGAAUCAACGCAUAGUAGAGAGGAAACCAAACCCCAUCUUUUGGGACUGUGGGGUUGGGGAGCUUUACGGGAAACUUUGCAUUUAUGUUUACAAAAUGAAGUUCUCUUCUCUCUUAGAACUCUCUCUCUGAUGGUUGCUUCCCGCCUGGAAGGGAAGCAGCUUUUGUGGUCAGGUUUUUAAUGGGAAGUUGACCGCAGUGGGUUCUGAGAUUUGGGGAUGCUCUCCAAGAGAGAGAUGGAGCAGAGGGAAGUGAACUUCUGCCACCUGGUAUUUAGUAUUGUUCAUGAUGAUAGUCUUGAUAAAACAAAUGUCCAUGCAGAAUGACAAUGAUGUUGAUGAUUGUUAGCGCUGUUGCUGUAGAGUUGUUGUCACGUUCUUUAUCCCUUCAAUUAUGCCAAGUCCAUCUUGUUUACAUCUCUAGCUUACGUCGAUGAUCCCCGGGACCAGAAGGCGAUGUUUCAGGUUGGCUAAAGGGGGAAGUCAGCGAGGUUUUUUUGGUUCUCGUCCUACCAAAACCCAAAGACGAAAAUGCUUAUAAAAUACGAGAAUCGGUUGGCGGAGAGGCUCUCGUCCCACUUUUUUUGUAGCGUUGUCGGCGAACUGACCAGCACAACCACCCGAUUUAGACCUCUUUGGUCCUUUGCCCCUGCAAGGACAUGUUACACCACUUCUGUGCCAUCGAUGACCUCCUCUACCCAAGCCCUCCUCUCAGGUCCGGACUGGGUACCAGGUACCACGGGAGGUUGUAGCACAGCUGAGUCCUCCUCUGCCAAAAUGCGGCAUCAGUGUUCCAACAGCCUGCUUUUCAGACUUAUAUUAGACAAGGUGUUGCAGAACGCCUUUCUUUUGGUCCUCGUUUUUAUGAAAUAUUCUAGACAUAGAUAAUUGACUCCUAUAGAUGAAGUCCUGAAUCUAGAUAUAACUGUAGCCGUAGUUCUUAGCUUUUUCCAUUCGGUUGCCACUCUUGAACUUGCACUCUUGAAGAUCCUAGAUCUCCCCUAAGCCCAUAGUCCACAUCUUUUGACUCUAUGCAGACCUCAUGAGCGUCCUUAUGGUUUCCGUGGCAACUGUAAGACCCAAAUCCAUGACAGAAGCUGACAAACAGAUAACGGUCGGAACCACUUGCACACUUACCCACUGCGAGCCCCCCUGCAUGUGUUGCCUCCAAUGCCUACGAGUAGAGCACAGACUUGUUAGUUUUUUGCUGUUGUUGUUUGGCAGGAAGUGAAAGGGCACAAACUGGAAGCCUGUCAGCAGUUACUUAACCCAGAUUCCCAGACCCCGGCAGAGCCCCAGUGCCUUCUGUACCGAGUCACAUCAGUCCAACGCCUCCUGGCUGGAUUUGAAAAGGUCAAAAACACUGCGCCUUAAAAGUCCCUCUGGCUCCUUUGCGGUGGUCUUAACACAGGGUCCACGAGGGGUUGACACUAACAUCGCUCAAUAUGGAAGCAAAAGUACCAGUUCCAGGGCAGGGAAACCACCCCACAACUUUCGGCCCCUCCAAGACAAUGGUGCAAAUUGAAAAUACAAGGAUUUCCCCAUCCCCUGCAAAUAAUUGACCCUCCCCACUCCCCAAAAGAGGUUCAGAAUUUCCUAUUGAUUCCACAAGAUGGCAGCAAAGCAACACUUUUCAGUUAGACAGGCCUUUGGCCUAUCUAAUAGACGCUCCUCACCUCGACAUAGUUCCUUCACACCCAAUAUAUGGCGCAGAAGCACUACUUUCAUAUUCGACAAGGCUUUGGCCUGAGCACAGAAAUAGAAAAUGAGCAAGUUUUACCGUGAAGAACAGAGAACAGAUUCCCCCCAAAAAUUGCAAAUAAGUGAUUUUGCGAGAAACAAAUUGCAACUCGACUGAACAGCACUGUUUUCUAAUCACUUUUCAUCUCAUCUUUGUUCUUGUAACAAUUGCAUUUUUUAAAAGAAAAAAAUGACUUCUACACAUGAAACUUUCUUUUCUCCCAAGAUAUUCAUUUAUUGUAACAUGAUGAAUUUUUCUGGAAAAUAGGCAACUUUUUAACUCAUCUAGGGGUACAGAUUUUACAGUGGUACCUUGAUUUAUAAAUUUAUCAAUUAACUAUAUAUCAAAUUGUGAGUGAGACGCAGUAUCUUGGAAGGAUUUUGUGGCAGUAAAUCUAAAUCCUGCUCGUACCUCAAAUUUUGGAUUGCAACACAGAUCAUGAAAUAAAGAAAAAGAAAAUCUCUUUCUCUCUGACCAAACAGUGCCUGAGGAAAAACAACCAAUCAGAGACAGAUGCCAUGACUGACAAGGUGCCAAUCAUUUAUUGUACACUUUCGGGAACACCAAUAGUGGGCACACCCUCGCAGCUUCAAUCAAGAGUGAUCGUAAAAUAUUUUCCACCUCUAUCCCAUUAAAUAAAAAUCGAGUAAGUCAAGGUAGCACUGUACAGGACUCGUGUUUAGUUGGGGUUCGGAUCUUGAAAAAAGCUGACCCCCAUAAGGGCUCUCUGGGCCCAAAAAGUUUGAGAAGCCCUGCUCAAAGCAUCCCCUUGGUUGUUUCCGAUGCGGUCAUUGGGUAUGGACAAACGCGUAAUUCAAGGGCUCUCUUUGCAAAAUAUCACAUGGUUUUCCUUGUACAGUUUCAGUGCUGCCAAAAGUUGUGCUUACAUAUGUAGCUCAAGCUGCACAUGGCACUGGUCUCCCCCACAUGUACAGCACUAGAUGUGUGCAUGCGUAUGUGUGUGUGUUGGGGAGGGGGUUAUUGUGGUGUCUGUCUUGUUGGGCAGCAGGAUUUAAAGGGCGUUAGCGGAGGUUUCAGCAGUUAUUUCACACAAAAAGGCACUGGACCAUCACGUCACAUCAUGCUAUGAAGUCAUAACCAUAUGAUGUCAUCACGCAGUGAUGUCAUAAGCACAUAAUGUCACCACCAUGAUGUCCCAGUCACAGGGAGGCAUUCACUGUAUGUGUGUGUAUGAGAGAGCUUUUUGAACAGCUGUUCAUGAUUGUUCUUUUAAUUAUAUAAAAAUAAUACAAAUUUUGAGCCUCCUGGUGUUGCAGUAAACACAGUAUUUAAAAGUAUAAAAUUUAUGAGCAUAGAUCAGUCAUAGAGUAUUUUUUAACAUUACAGUAUUAUCAA